AUGGCAAGUGAAAAGAAGGACGCCAGUGCCUUGAUCGCGAAGACGAAGAAAGUCAAAGCACGAAAAUCGAGAGAUGCCGACUGCUGCAGCGUCAAUUUCCUUAAAUGUGUUUUACAUAUUUUCAAUGUCAUAUUCUUGUUUGCAGGCGUCGGAGUGUUCGCAGUAGGCGCGUGGACGAUCGCCACUCGGCACCGCUUCGUGGCCCUGCUGCCCACGCCCACCUACCCCGCCAUCUCGUACCUCUUGUGCAUCGCGGGCGCGCUGGGGCUGCCCCUCUGCGGCCUCGGUUGCUGCGGCCUCAAGACCGAGAACAGAACGAGCUUGUUGUGUUACACAUAUUUCCUGCUAAUAACUUUUCUGCUGGAGGUAGGAGCCGGCGGACUCGCCUAUUACUACGAGGUGGCAGUCGAAGAAGAGCUACGCUUGGACUUGAAUUCCACCUUCAUCACCAACUACGCUCUGGACGCCGUAGUGACCGACGCAGUUGACACUAUGCAAACGGAGUUCAAAUGCUGCGGGGCCAACCGAUACUCGGAGUGGCGCAAGAGCGCGUGGCACGAGCACGACCCGCGGCUGCUGGUGCCCGACUCCUGCUGCAAAACUGUCUCGGUGCGCUGCGGCAUGCGGGACCACCCCUCGAAUAUCUAUUACCACGGUUGCGUGCACGAGUUCACGAGGCACAUACGGGACCACCUGGUGAUCCUGGCCGCCGUCGGGGUGGGAAUGUCCGUCAUACCGAUUUUUGGAUUCUUCUUCUCUUGCGUCUUGUACGCGAAGAUAAAACACGUGAUCGACUGA